AUGUUUUCGCGAGCGGCUCUUCGGAAAUCCCUACAGCUCCCUCAGCGAGCAUGUGCGACUCAACGCACCUUCGCGGUCUCCGCCCGCCUUCUUGACACCAAGAACCCGAUCGCCGUCAAGGGCGAGACUACCCCCGAAACGAAAAGCGAGGAGGACACGUUGGGAGUCGUCGAGAACCAGGAGAGAGGCUUGCCACAGAGUCCGAACCGAUUGGAGACCUGGUCGAGGAGUCAGAGGCCCAGGGCUAUGGCUAUGCAAGGUCCAAGAUUCGAACAGACCGAUUUCUCCCUCCAACCUCAACCGUUAGCAGCUAUCGAGCUCAUCCACAAGAAACCCGUCCAAUGGACUCACGACCGAGUAGUAGCGUGCGACGGCGGAGGUGGCCCGGCAGGACAUCCCAGAAUCUUCAUCAACACAGACAAGCCGGAAAUUGCCACUUGCAACUACUGCGGCUCUCCAUUUGCAAACGAACACCACAGAGAACAUCUCGAAUCCCUACCGAAGACGUCGUAUCCUCUUGCAUAA